AUGCCUCCUCUGUCUGAGAUCUUCACGAAGCUUCUCAGAAAGGCCAUGGCGGCAGGGAAGGUGCCUCUAGACUGGCUGCACCACCCUCUCUCCCCCGUGCUGCCCGCGCUGGUGCUUAUAGCGGGGGCCAUCUGGCUGCUGGGGCCACUGGUGCGGCUGUGCAGGAAGGUGAUUAAAAAGAGCGACGCUAACUGGGAGGAAUCGCGGUCUCGCCACGUGAUGGUGUCGUAUGUGCGCCCGCUCAUCCUCUGGGGCUGCGUGCUCGUGCUCUGCGGUUGCUUCCAGCCAUUCAGCAUGCCCACGGAGGCGGGGCAGCUCAUCAAGGACCGCUUUGUCAACUUCCUGCGAUCGCUCUCCACUGUGCUCGUCUUUGCCUUCUGCACCGCCAACCUAACUCGGCAGAUACAGAAGAUGAUGGAGAAGCAGAGCAACAAGGAGGAGACCCGAAACGUGGGAGUGCAGUUCGUGGGCAACACGGUGUACACGCUCGUGUGGGUGGCGGCGGUGUUUCUAUUCAUGGAGCUGCUGGGCUUCUCCACUCAGAAGUGGAUCACUGCUGGAGGGCUGGGGACAGUCGUGGUGACCCUGGCAGCUAGAGAGCUGCUGGGCUUCUCCACUCACAAGUGGAUCACUGCAGAAGGGCUGGGGACCAUUGUGGUGACUCUGGCUGCUAGAGAGAUUGUGACCAACUUCCUCUCGUCCAUCAUGAUCCAUGCCGCUCGCCCCUUCAUGGUCAACGAGUGGAUCGUGUGCCGCAUCGACGGCCAGGAGAUAUCCGGAACCGUGGAGCACGUGGGGUGGUGGGAGCCAACUCUAGUGCGAGGCGACGACAGGGAGGCGAUUCACAUCCCCAAUCACAAGUUCAGUGUGAUUGUCAUCCGCAACAUGAGCACACGCAACCACUGGCGCAUCAAGAUCUACUUCGGGGUCUGCCACCUCGACGUCAACAAGCUGCCGGACAUCCUGGUGGUGAUGCGCAAGUUCAUCGGCAAGCACCCCAUGCUGGAGCAGCGAUUUUGGAAGGGCGCAUGUGUGACUGCUAGCCUUCUGUACCCCUUCCAAUCCCAUCCCACCCAUCAGGACAUCCUGGUUGCAAUGCGCAAGUUCAUAGGCAAGCACCCCAUGCUGGAGCAGCGCCAUCUGCACAGGCGUGUGUUUGUGGAACGGAUUGAUGAGCAGCUGCAGGCCAUCAUGGUGAGAAAGGGGUUGUUGUGGGGAUGGGAGCAUGCAGGCAUGUGGAGCAGGCGUCUGUUGGCAUGGGUGCAUGAGCUGUUGGUAGUCCUUUACACUGCCAUCACGUUGCCACGACCAUCAGCAGCGCCAUCUGCACCGGCGCGUGUGGAACGCAUUGAUGAGCAGCUGCAGGCCAUCAUGGUCAUGUGCUCGUGCUUCGUCAAGACCCCUUAUUUCGAAGAGUACCUGCGAGUCAAGGAGAACGUGGUGCUCGAAAUGUACAAGAUCAUUCUCGACCAUGGGGCUCGUCUAGCCACGCCCAUCCGCUCGGUGCAGAGACUGUACGACGAGGGCGAGGUGGCACGGGGGGGGUACAGCGAUGAGGAUGAAUUCGACGAGGAGGAGGAAGAGGACUAUGAGGACGAAGAGGAGGAGGAGAUGCGCCCCCCCGCGCUGCUCGUCGCUGCUGGGCUGGGUGUCGCUGGCUCUGGGUCCGUUGGAGGAGCAGGAGGGGGAGGUGGCGGGGGCGGAGGUGGGGGUGGGGGUGGGGGUGCGGGAGGGGGUGUGGGAGGAGGUGGAAGAGGGGGGUCGGGAGGAGGAGCAGCAGGGGGAGGAGGGGUUAGUGGGGCUGCGAGGGCGCCUGAGAAUGGGGCGAGAGUAGGGGCAGGGGCAGGGGCAGGGGCAGGGACAGGGACGGGGGCAGGGGCAGGGGGAGGAGUGCUAGUAGGGGCUGGGAAUGGGGUAGGCACGGGUGUGGGAGCGGGUGUAGGGGCAGGUGUGGGAGCGGGUGUGGGAGCAACAGCAGGGGCAGCAGCAGCAGCAGGGCAGGGAGGAGGGGAGGUGAAUGGGCAUGCGAGCUUGGGAGCGAAUGGAGGUGCGAGCAGAGGCGCGAAUGGGAACGGAGUGGUCGGUGCAGGCGAGGCAGGUGCUGCUAAUGGCGGUCUGCAUCACUCCCCUCCUACUCCUACUGCUGCUGCUAGUGGUGGUAGUGGUGGUGGUGGUGCUCCUGGUGCUCCUGGUGGUCCUGGUGGUGCUGGCACAGCUGCCAGUGGUGCUGGUGCUGCUCCCCCCUCCUCCUAUCCCUCUGUCCCUCCUCUCCCUCCUCCCUCCUCGCCUCCCCCCUCCGCUUUCUCUCCUCCCCAAGUCUCCUCUCCCCCGCCUCCCAUAUCAACUCCCAUGCAGCAAUCCACGUCACUUUCCAUGCAGCAAUCCACGACACCUCCCAUGCAGCAAUCCACGUCACCUCCCAUGCAGCAAUCCACGUCACCUCCCAUGCAGCAAUCCACGUCACCUCCCAUGCAGCAAUCCACGUCACCUCCCAUGCAGCAAUCCACGACACCUCCCAUGCAGCAAUCCACGUCACCUCCCAUGCAGCAAUCCACGUCACCUCCCAUGCAGCAAUCCACGUCACCUCCCAUGCAGCAAUCCACGUCACCUCCCAUGCAGCAAUCCACGACACCUUCCAUGCAGCAAUCCACGUCACCUCCCUUGCAGCAAUCCACGUCAUCACCCACACAACCCUUCAUCCCUCCUCCCCCUCCUCCCAGCCCUUCCUCAGCCCCUCCCCCUGUCCCUCCCUUGUCACGCCCUCCCUCCCCUCCCCGGUCACCUCCUCCUCCUUCUCCUGGUCCCCAAUCAGCCCCUCCCUCUAUCUCGCCCUCAUCACGCCCUCCCUCCCCGCCCCGAUCACCCCCUUCUCCCACUUCCCCAUCAGCCCCUCCCGCCUUUCCUUCCCCUACCCCCACCUCAUCCACGCAGGGAAGACCCCCUGCCAACCCUGUCCCCUCUUCUCCCCGUCCCCCCUCUGCUCCCUAUCCUUCCAGUCCUCCCCAGCCCCCCUCCUCUUCUCCCCAGAAGCCCCCUGCAAAGCCCGCUCCUGCUGCUGCUUUCGCCCCUCCUCCCUCUCCGAAUGUUCCUUCCUCCCCAGCUACUCCCACCUCAGCCGUCCCGUUAGCCUCCCCCGUUCUGCUGGCGACCCCCUCUCCUUCCACCCCCACCGGUGCUGGCCCGCUUACCAGCAGCCCUCCGAACAGGCAAGCAGCACCCACCACUGCUGCACCCAGUAGUGCCCCACCCACCGCUGUUCCACCCACCACAGCCAGUCCUGUUGCACGGGCUCCUGCUGGCCCACCUCCCUCUGCCGCUCCAUCAUUCUCUCCCACUCUUCAAACACCCAAUGCACCCUCUGCUGCUCCUCCCCCACCACCAACACCCAGAGGCCCCGCCAACCCACCUGGGAACCUCAGCAGCCCAAGGCAGCCCCCUGCUUCUGUUCCAGUGCCCUCUGCCGCUCCCCCUUCCUCCUCUGCUACAGCUGCACCUGUCACUUCUCCUACCUCGCCUGCUACGGCCGCAACUGCCAAUCCACCUUUCACCUCUGCUGCUGUCCCUCGCUCUCCUGCCCCCGCUUCUGGUACAGCUGCCCUUCGCCCUCCUCCGCCCUCUGCUACUGCUGGCCCCGUUUCUCCUUCUGCUCCCGCUGCUACAUCUUCUACAGGUGCUCCCGCCAACGCCUCUGGUGCAUCUCCCCCAACCACACCACAGUCUGCUCGAACCUCAGUUGGUACACCAGCAGCAGCAGGAGCACCACCACCACCACCACCACCACCAUCAGCAGCAGCAGCGAGUGGAGAUGCAACAACGGGAAUGCAAGCAGCAGCGGGCAGAGUGCAAGGCAUGGCAGGGCAACAGGCGGCACGGAUGGUACCAGCACAGGGAGUAGCAGCUGAAAGAAUGGGAGGUGCAGCAAGGGGAGGUGGAGCAGGGGGAGGUGCAGCAGGGAAAGGAGCAGCAAGGGGAGGUGCAGCAGGGGGGGGUGCAACACAUUUAGGCUUGAGAACAGCUACGGCUGCAGGUGAAAGAAUGGGUGAGCAAGGUGCAUUUGCCGGAGGCAGUGGUGCUGGUGGUGCUGCUGGUGCUGGCAGUGGUGGUGCUGGCAGUGGUGGUGCUGGCAGUGGUGGUGCUGGCAGUGGUGGUGCUGGCAGUGGUGGUGGUGGCAUUGGUGGUGCUGGCAGUGGUGGUGGUGGCAGUGGUGGUGCUGGCAUAGGUGGUGGUGGCAGUGGUGGUGGUGGCAGUGGUGGUGCUGGCAUUGGUGGUGCUGGCAGUGGUGGUGCUGGCAUUGGUGGUGCUGGCAGUGGUGGUGCUGGCAUUGGUGGUGCUAGCUUUGGUGGUGCUGGCAGUGGCGGUGCUGAUGGUGGUGGCAGUGGCGGUGGCGCUUCGGCAAGCAGGCGGGAGGUGUUGAGAGAGCAGCGUGCAGCGAGGUGGAGAGAGGAGCAGGCAAUGAGGGGCAGUGGGGGCACAGCAUCUCUAUCUCCUCCCCGCCAGCUCUCCACCUCGUCCCCUCCACAAGCAUCCCCUCCCCCUCUCGUCACUCCUGCACCUGCCUCCACUUCCCCUCGCUCCUCUCCCAUUCCCUCCACUCCCGCUGCCCCCUCUAUGCCGCCCUCCUCUCCCCUUCCCUCCCCCAACCCCAUCCUGCCCCCCACCUCCCCGCCAUCUCCUGUGUCCUCCUCUCCCUCCCUCACACCCUCGUCUACCGCCCCCUCUGCCUCCCCCUCUGCCUCCCCCCCUGCCUCCCCCCCUGCCUCCCCCUCUGCCUCCUCUGCACCUCCAGCCCCAGUUCUCUCGCCUCCUCCCCAACCACCAGAAGUAGCUCCCUCAACCACGGGCACAGGCAUGGGCACAGGCACGGGUACAGGCACAGGCAUGGGUGCUGGUACAGGAGCAGACACACAUACAGGCACAGCGGCAGUGGGUCAAAGUGGGAGGCUGACGAUACAGGAACAGGAGGUGAAGGCGGGUAGAAAAACAGUGGAAGGAGAGGAGUUGGGGGAAGAAGAAGAGGAGGGAGGGAAAGGGAAGGACGGAGAGAGGGAAGGAAUGCAGCAGGCUAUACUGUUCCAGGUGGAAGGGGAGGGGGGUUAUGAUACUGAUUGGAAGGCUGAGAUUCAACAGGCACUGGGAAUGGACGGAGGUGAUGAGGAGAGCGAGGGAGAGGUGAAACAAGUGGGACAGUCAAGCCAGAUAGAGAAGAGGGAGAGUGAGAGAGAACACGAGAGGAGGCGGAGUGAGGAUGGGAGGCGUGGGAAUGAAGGGGGGCCGGGUGAUUUGAGAAAGCGGGAGGAAAGUGAGGGUGUAAGGCUGGUUUCUGAUGGGAAGCUAGGGGUGGGAGUGGGAAUGAGAGUGGAGGUUGCACCUGCGCCUGUCUUUGCUGCUGAUGUCAUUUUAACUGGUGCAAAUACACGGCCUGCGGUCACUGAUGAAGGUGGUGAUGGUGGUGGUGGGGUUGGCGGGGUUGGUGGAAAUAAUCUCACCAGCACCUCAGGCGUGAGUGCUUCUGACUUGGCAACAGCAGGCGAAGCAAGGAGCAUUGGUGGGCAAGUGUUGGCACAAGGAGAGGUGGUGAUGCGAGGGGGAGCAGGAGAGUCCAGACCACCGCUACUGGGAGCAGCAGCUGCUGCAAUGAUGAGUGAGGGUUUGAAGCCUUCAGCAGUAGCAUCGGCUAGCUUCUCGGGUUCAGAUUCAGAUAUAGCUUCAGGGACUGGGAAGGGCGGGGAAAGAGAAGAUCCUGGUGCGACCAAUGCCACAAGUACUGCUGGUGUUGCUGAUGCUGGAAGCAGCAAUAGCAGUGGUAUGGGACUUGGAACAAUGGGUGGCACGAAGCAGGGUCGAUGA